CGCUGCGGCCAUUGUCCCGCCGCGGUGCGGCUGAGGCCGCUUUGGGCAGCCCUUCCGCAAAUCAGGAGCCGGGAGAAACUUGUCUGCAGCGGGGACGGAAGGAACCGGCCCGAGCCCUGGGUGGCCCGAGGUCGCGACAUCCGGAGCCCCCAGGAGGCGGUGAUUCCGAGUCCCCAGUCCGGGAGCCCCAGGACAGGCAGGAAUGGCUCCGAGGCCUCCAGCGGCCGCGCCCCAGGGACAAACCACAUACAAGCCACAGCAGAGUCAGUGGAGAUGUCACCUCUGAAUAGGAGCAGAGUCUGAGCAGAUCCCAAGAGCUCUGUGGUUAGAUCAUCAGGAUGAAGAGACCCAGCAAAACCUGACUCAGGUCACCCAAACUCAGACAAGAUGCUCCUGGGCCACCAGGGAAAGCCAAGCCACUUGCUGAAUCAGGAAUCAGUGACAUUCAAAGAUGUGUCUGUGGACUUCACCCAGGAAGAAUGGCACCAUGUGGACCCUGCUCAGAGGUGCUUAUACAGGGAUGUGAUGCUGGAGAACUAUAGCCACCUGGUUUCUCUUGGAUAUCAAGUUUCCAAGCCAGAGGUGAUCUUCAAAUUGGAGCAAGGAGAAGAGCCAUGGAUAUCAGAGGGAGAAAUCCAAAGACCUUUCUGUCCAGACUGGAAGACCAGGCUUGAAGCUAAAUCAUCAAUUCUGCAGCGGGGCAUAUCUGAAGUAUCUCAUAGCACAGAUGAUCUCUUACAUGCCACAUUAGAAGACUCCUGGGAUGUUAGCAGCCAUUUAGAGAGACACCAGGAAAACUGGAGGAGACAUCUGGAUCCAGAGGCAUCCACCCAGAAGAAAAUAAUCACAACAGAAGAAAGUUUUGAGCAAAAUAAAUUUGGUGAAAACUCUAGAUUGAACACAGACCUGGUUACACAGUUGAGCAUUCCUUCAAGAAUAAGGCCUAGUGAAUGUGAAACACUUGGAAGCAAUUUGGGACAUAAUUCAGACUUACUUAAUCAGAACAAUAUCCUUGCAAAAAAGAAACCCUAUAAGUGUAAUAAAUGUAGAAAAGCUUUUAUCCAUAGAUCAUCACUUACUAAACAUGAGAAAACUCAUAAAGGUGAAGGAGCAUUCACCAAUGGUACAGAUCAGGGAAUUUAUCCUGGAAAGAAACACCAUGAAUGUACUGACUGUGGGAAAACCUUCCUCUGGAAGACACAGCUUACUGAGCAUCAGAGAAUUCACACUGGGGAAAAGCCCUUUGAAUGCAAUGUGUGUGGAAAGGCCUUCAGGCAUAGCUCAUCCCUUGGUCAGCAUGAGAAUGCUCAUACUGGAGAGAAACCCUAUCAGUGCAGUCUCUGUGGGAAAGCCUUCCAGCGCAGCUCCUCCCUUGUUCAACACCAGAGAAUUCACACUGGAGAGAAACCAUAUCGAUGUAAUCUGUGUGGGAGGUCCUUUAGGCAUGGCACAUCCCUUACUCAACAUGAGGUCACACAUAGUGGAGAGAAACCCUUCCAAUGUAAGGAAUGUGGGAAAGCUUUUAGUCGAUGUUCUUCCCUUGUCCAACAUGAGAGGACUCAUACUGGAGAGAAACCUUUUGAAUGUAGCAUAUGUGGGAGGGCUUUUGGUCAGAGCCCAUCCCUUUAUAAACACAUGAGGAUUCAUAAGAGAGGCAAACCUUACCAAAGCAGUAACUACAGCAUAGAUUUCAAGCACAGCUCAUCGCUUACUCAAGGUGAGAACACUCUCACAGAAGUGAAGUCCUAUCACUGUAAUGACUGUGGGGAAGACUUCAGUCACAUUACAGACUUUACUGAUCAUCAGAGGAUCCAUACUGGAGAGAACCUCUAUGAUUGUGAGCAGGCCUUUAGUCAACAACCUAUUUCCCAUCCUGGAGACAAACCCUAUCAAUGUAAUGUAUGUGGAAAAGCUUUCAAAAGAAGUACAAGUUUCAUAGAGCAUCACAGAAUUCAUACUGGAGAAAAGCCUUAUGAAUGUAAUGAAUGUGGAGAAGCCUUCAGUCGACGCUCUUCACUUACUCAACAUGAGAGAACCCACACUGGAGAAAAACCCUAUGAAUGUAUUGACUGUGGGAAAGCCUUCAGUCAGAGUUCAUCCCUUAUUCAGCAUGAAAGAACUCAUACUGGAGAGAAACCGUAUGAAUGUAAUGAAUGUGGACGAGCCUUCCGAAAGAAAACCAACCUGCACGAUCAUCAGAGAAUUCAUACUGGAGAAAAACCCUAUUCUUGUAAGGAAUGUGGGAAAAAUUUCAGUCGAAGCUCAGCUCUUACUAAACACCUCAGAAUUCAUACACGAAAUAAACUCUAGGAACACUUCUGCUUUAGCUAAAAUGUUGUUCUGAUUCAGUAUCAGUGGAUUCUUACCAGAGAGAAAGCUUGAGAGUGUAAAGAAGUGUUUGUGUGUGCGUGCACGUGUGUAGAGAACUGUGCCAGUAGACAGAAUUUUUUUUUAAUAAAUAAAAGCCACAUUCUCACAGAGAGAGUGUGUGUGUAUGAGUAGAAAACUCUGUGCCGGUAAACAGAAUUUUUUUAAAUAAAUAAAAGCUACAUUCUCAGAUCUGAUUACAGACUUUUGUAAAAAUUAAAACUACAAACAUCCAAACGUGUAGCCAAUUGGAAAUGAUAAAUCUAUAUAUCAGUCUUUAUAAAGCUUCUGAGUAUGUGUGUGGAGGAGAUC